AUGCCAAAGUCCUAUCGUGAAGAUUCGACAGAUGCUAGCUUUGAUGGAGCCGUGGAAAACGAAGAGUUCGAUGCAUUGGUAGAUGCGCUGAUCGACGCACCAAGCCUGGAUGCACCAAACCCGGAUGCCGAAUCUGUGACUACCCGCCCUUCCAAACCCAAACCUGCUCGGCGCGCUGCAACCACCCCGAAGCCAAAGCAGACCAAACGAUCGAAACCCAAUCAAAUUGGGAGAGCCCUGCAAAAACGUGUCAAGACACAUGUGGAUGACCCGAUCUUUCUGGGUUCCGGUGUCAUUCCUCCUGGCAAACUCUCCCCUACCAAAUCCUUCUUGACAUUUUCUUGCGCGCAUCACAUCCAUUACUCGACAAAAGCCGUUCGACCCGCAAUGACUCUGUCAAAUGGCUUGUCAAUGUCGCUCUGCUGUGUCGAAGCUUUCAUGAGCCUGCGCUGGCCGCACUCUAUCACUGUCCCCCUCUUCUUCCUGCCUACAAGAGCCAUCAAGGUCAAGCAACUCCAUGUUGAGGUUGAACCAGUGCUCAUUUAUAAAAGUGGGCCCUACGGAUACUUCGACCUUGCCCAGCUGAUUGAAAAGACUCCUCGUUUACACACGGUACGACUAUAUCACAAAGAUGAUUACACGGUGGGAAUACCUCCAUGGCACAUUAUCCAAUCAAAGUGGACUUAUCCAGACGCUCUCUUUUCCGCAAUCGAGAACCGCGGCAUUACCCUCCGUAGCUGGGACUGGAACAGCCGCUUCUUAGAAACCGAUGAGCUUGUCGAAAUGAUGGUGAGGAUGCACUCCCAGCGCGCCUUUCAGGGCAUGAAGGAGCUGAAGUUGCUCCAUUUCGAUAAUUCCGAUGAAGAAACUUCCGCUGCCAAAGAGGCUGGUCUCCUCGAAGCCCUUGAUAUGCUCCCAGAGCUUCAGCGACUGGAGUUUAUUGAAAGCUCAUUGAAUCUCGAAGUUUUCAAAAUGGACCUUUCUAUGCAUGAUGCGUCCAGUUAUCACGAUGUCGAGCCACACUUCGAAGAUCUACUUGUCCAAACCGAAGUUCCCACAUGGCCAGUAAAGCUCCGAGAAAUCGAGCUCACACAGUUACGCAAAUGGGACGACGCGACUGCGGAGGUCUUUUUCACUUCGCUGGUGAAUGCGGCACCUAAACUUCAUGAUCUACGUCGAUUGACCAUCAGUGCAAUCCUAAAAAUUGGCUGGCGUGACCGUGCCAAUUUUCGUGAGCGGUGGAUCGGCCUCCUCGAAAAGGUAUUCCUACGACGAAGCAUGCCACCAGACCCGAACCUCCGCUCCCUUCAGAGACGCUCCCUCAAACCCACCACAUUCCUCACAAGGAAUAGCCCCGAUGAACUUGGUGCUGGAUCAUCAACACGGCCAUCCACGGCUGAUAGUGGCCCAUCGACUUCCUCCAAACGACAAAGCACUCGGCUUGCACGUCAAAGAAUCCACGAAACUGACGAUGCUGCUAGUGAUUCUUCGUUAAUGGGGACUCCACAGCCUGAAGCCGGGAAGCGACCGACUGAGUUCCAACUGACCGAAGAUGAUUUCCUAGAUGAUGAACUCAGUGGCGACGAGGACUGGGCGGGCGAAUGA